AUGAAGAUCUUCGCCCUCGUAGCCGCUUUGGCAGCUGCCGUGCUGGCUGUCCCGAGGAGCACCCUCGUCACCCGCGAUGACAACCCCGAGAUCCCCGGCAUCGACGAUAAAGAGUUCAUUGGUACUGUACUAGACGCUCACUGGUACUGGCGACGGAUUCACUGCGCUCAAGAUCUGCAAUGGAACGCGACGCUGGCAAAGAUGGCGCAGGACGACAUUCGCAAAUGCACGAAGGACCACCGCGGCGGCAGCAACCUCAGCGGCCAGGGUCCUGCUCCUGGUAAGCGUAACGUCUGGAUCGAGUCGGCGCGCAGCAUGGUCCACGGCUGGCACGAGGAAGAGAUGUUCUACGACUACUCCACGCGCACGUCCAAGAACGACCGCCAGAUCUACCACUUCACCCAGCUAGUCUGGCGCGACUCGAGCCAGCUCGGCUGCGCCAUGGCCGACUGCACCGACGUCAACGACGCUACCUUUCCGGGCCGCUUAUACUGCUACUACGACCCCAUCGGAAACAACAUCGCAGGGAACUUCAUGCAAGAGAAUGUGUGGCCACCAGUCUGUGCCGACCCUAGCAAGGCCGAACUCCAGGCUCGCUUCGGAUACUAA